AUGGCCUCGUCUCGAAGGGCUAUGCAGCUUAACCCGGCUGCUGCGACGUGGCAUGCCGAUGGUUCCAUGUCGGUUGACGACGAGAGGCUUGUUGACAAAUUCCACGGCCAGUUCCCAGGCGGCUGCACCAGGCUCGUGCGACUUGACCAUGUUGCCCGGGAACUCGGUAUCAAGGCCGUCUAUCUCAAGGACGAGAGCACCAGAUUCGGUCUGCCGUCUUUCAAGAUCCUCGGUGCCUCAUGGGGGACCUUUCGCGCCAUUGCCCAAAAACUUGACCUCCCCCUGGAUGCAGACUUAACGGCCGUGAGAGGUGCUCUUGCUCGCUUGCCCGUUCCACUUUAUGCAGCGAGCGAGGGUAAUCAUGGCAGAGCCGUGGCCAGGAUGGCGUCCAUCUUGGCUGUGCCUGCGGAAAUUCAUGUCCCUUCGGACAUGCCCCCAGAGACGAUCAAACGAUUGAAAGAAGAGGGCGCCGUCGUCGUCGUCAAUGCCGGUACCUACGAUGACGCCAUGGGCGCUGCUCGAGAGGCCUGCGCCGCCAGGGGCGGCGUCCUCGUGCAAGACUUUUCCUUUGACGACUACGAUGAGGUUCCACAGUGGAUCGUGGACGGGUACAUGGCCAUGUUGCGAGAGAUCGACAGCCAGCUCAACGGCACUCGAGCGGAUCUGGUCAUUUCUCCUGUCGGUGUAGGCUCGCUCGCACAAGCCGUCGUCUCGCAUUACAAAGGAAAGGCCUGCAAGACGGCCGUCAUGGCGGUUGAACCUGACACCGCAGCAUGCUUGUACAAGAGCUUACGCGCCAACAGGUCUGUUCGUGUUCAGACAUAUUCCACCAUCAUGGCUGGCCUGGACUGUGCCACCUUGUCGCCCGUUGCGUGGCCAUUGCUCAAAUCUGGCGUGGAUGCCAGCUUGACCGUGUCCGAUUACGAGGCGCACGAGGCGUCUCAACAUCUCAAAUCUCUAGACAUAUCAGCAGGGCCGUGCGGCGCUUCACCUCUUGCCGCUCUCAGACGCCUUACACAAGCUGACGUGGCUGCCUUGGGCCUGGGGCAAGAUUCUGUCGUGGUUCUCCUCUGCACAGAGGGAGCGAGAAGCUAUCGUACCCCCGUCGAUGUCUCCUCGGACGAUGCCGUCUCCUUGACCCAGGCCCUGGUCAGCAUCGACUCCUCCAGUCCAGCGUUGGGGUCGGUUCCUGGCCCGGGCGAGGCCGAGAUUGCCCGUUACAUCGGCUCCUGGCUCGAGCACCGCGACAUUGAGACUCACUGGAUCGAGUCAGACAAGGGGCGGCCGUCCAUCGUCGGCGUUGUUCGGGGCCUAGGCGGAGGCAAGGAUUUAAUGUUCAACGGGCACAUCGACACAGUUGCGACGCUAGGCUACGGCGACGACCCUCUAGGCGGGGAGAUCAAGGACGGGAAGCUCUACGGGCGCGGAGCCCAUGACAUGAAGUGCGGAAUCGCUACUGCCAUGUCUGCCCUGGCAGCGUCCAAGGGUCGGGCCCUCCGGGGCGACGUCGUGGUCGCUGGCGUGGCCGGCGAGGAAGCAAGCGGCAUCGGCACAGAGCAGGUUCUCGAAGCCUGCUGGAGAGCAGACGGCGCCGUUGUCAGCGAGCCGACUGGCGAGGACAUGAUCCACGCCGCGCCACAAGGGAUUCAUGCCAUUACGAGGGCGGGUUACUUUUUGGUCGAGUCUUCGUACCCGGCAUUGUGCACCGUGGUGGUGGAGCGUCGAACCGUGGCAGGCGAGUCUGUCGAUUCGGUUAGACGAGAGGUCCGGGAUUUUCUCGACAGUCUCACCGAGUCGGUCGAGGACUUCAGGUACGACUUGCGGGUGACCGGUGCCGGGGCCCCGUUCAAUAUUGAACCCGGGCACCCCUUUGCGGCUCUCGUGGGCGAAGUCACCAGUAAAGUACUGGGGAGAAGGACUGAAUUCCGGAAGGGCCCAUACUGGACUGAUUGCGCCCUGCUGGCUGGCAAAGAGAUUCCCGUCCUCGUCUGGGGCCCAGCGGGGGAAGGGCUUCACGCCAAGGAGGAAGCUUUGUAG